GGUCGUCCUGCUCACCGCUCCGAACAGUGAACACAGCACCGAGGCUGAUUUGCUCACUUUGCCCAGGUGGGGGUGGACUGGGGGACGAUCAAAUAUCCAUCCACCGGCAGCAGCCUCUUUUAAAAAAGAAAAAGAGUCUGUCACUGGACGUCGGCCGAGCGCGUCUUCCGUGGAUCGGACCUGAAUGAGGCCGUGCGUCGCCAGCGGCUUCGUGCCAAACCUUUGGCGAAGCGCGCGCCGCCCUGCGCCGCGCACGGCGCUGAUGGGUGGACCGAGCGCAGCGGAGCGAUAGGGCGCAUUUCUUAAUUUCCCCUUCAACGCCGCGCGUCCCGUCCCUCGCCCCCCCACCUCCACUCCCCCCCACCCCCAACCCCCUCUUCUCUCUCCAGCCCUGGACACGACGAGACCGCGGGACCCGCUGUGUUCCCCGUUCACGCACGAGGAUUGAUCCAAUGUAUUAUUCACGACCGAAACUUCAGCAACUUGUCCGCUGGAUAUGGCUCCCGGUGUGAGGAGUGGACGGACGGGUCACCGCCGAGUGGAGCCCGGUGGGCGCCCGCCGCGGAGGACGGACGCCGGCGGAGAGGGGAGAUGUCCGGGGAGCAGGUGGCGAGCCGGAGCGGCGGGAGCGCGCCGCCUGCUGACUGUGGGAAUGCUUUCCCUUCUCCUCCGGUGCGCUUCGGCCGCAGAGGAAAAAUCUACCUAUGAUGCCUCUGGCUCCUCGUCUCUUCCGAGCGACCCCGCAGCCACAGCUGCUCCUGCUCACCCUUCAACUGAGGAGGUGCCUUUCUCAGCCGCCCAUUCAGAUGGUGACUCGGAGUCGGAGGGGGGAGGCUUAUCGGGGCAGCCCGCCUUUUCUUCUGUCUUAACUGUCAUGGCAGGAACUGUGAAACAUCCAGUGAGCCUUGAUCAAAGUAGAACCUCGCCGAUUGUCGCCGGGGGCGAGACCCACACCACCCAAUGGCCUUCACACAGUUCCAGCCAUGGCUCAGAGAUGUCUUCCUCACUGUCGUACGUGGGAGAGAGGAUCCCCCCCUCCAGCUCAGAGGCGGGGACAGAUGAGUUAGACGCCGGAACGUCCCACGCAGUUGCACUCACUUUCCUCAAAGAGCAAGAGGCCAGUCUGUCCCCCUCUCAAUCCGUCAGAAUUACGCUUCCUGCGGGGCCUUCUGAAAGGACAUCUCAGGUACCGCCUCUGACCCCGCAACUGGACACCACGACAGCCUCUGUGAAGCUGAGCGCCACAGCCGAAGCUUCAACCGCCGGAACUAAAAACGCCACCACUACCACGCCGUCCCUGAGCGUCACCGCCGGAACCACGCAGUCUACCACUACUACCACACAGCCGCCCGCUGCGGUUACCGAGAGAGCCACCACCACCACAACCAUCAGGACUCCGACCAGCAGGAGAACGUUCACUCCACAUGUCCUGAGAACAAGCCCGGCCCGGGGGGCCACCACCGCUUUCAUCUCCCCCUUCACCACCACCACAGAGGCUCCUCCGCAGCAGUGCAACAUCACAGAGAGAAUGUGGGUGAAAACAGUCGUUUCUAUCUAUGUGAGAAGAAACAGGCUGGACAGCAUCCAGAGGCAGAACCUGCGGAGGGGACUCAGUCAGGGCCUGCGAAAAGCUCUGAAUGACACUUCUGCCCAAGCACAGGUGGAGACUGUAUUUGGCUCUCCCAACAUGACAGUGGCUUAUCACGUGACCGGAGGGGACAUAGUCUACCCCCCCUCUGUGGUGCUGGAGGGCUUGGACUCCUAUGGUCGCGAUAAGCUGAUCGCAGACCUGCGACAGUAUCUCCCCAUGGUAACAGCCCUGCCCCUCCCAGCUGCGUUAUGGAGACCCGGCCCGGCCGCGGGCUUCCAGCUGAAAACAGUGCUGCAGUUUGUGGGAGCAGGUGAUAAUCCUCGGUCCUGCCGAUUCUCUCAAAUGAUGGAGCAGAGGCUCGGAAAGGUGUUUUCAGAAGCACAGGCCAAAGUGCUCAGCGCUAACAGCAGGCUCUCUGUUCAGAUGCUGAGUGUCACCCAAGCAGCAGGCUCUCCUGCUGUGUCAUUGGUCUACACUGUGAGUAAUGGCACUGUCUUUCUUAAUGGCACCACUGCCUCAAAUCUCCUUGGUCAGCUGUCUGCUGAGCUGGUGGGCUACUUCCUCUUCUACCCACCACUAAUCAUUGCUGAGCCACUGGAGUAUCACAAUCUGAACACCUCCAUCGCAACCAGGGACUUCUGGGUUAUCACAGUGAUCCAGGACGUGGAUAACGCCAGCCUGGAGGGACAGUACCAGAGCUUUGCCAGUUUAAUGGAGCAGCGGCUGGCGGAGCUGUUUGUGUUGGCAGGCCAGCAGGGCACUCGCUUUAGACGGGCCACUACCGUGGGCAGCUACACUGUCCAGAUGGUGAGCAUCCGCAGGGAGUCAGGGGUGAAGAAUCCAGCAGAGAUGACCUACUACGUCCAGCACGCUGGUGCCCCUCUAUCGGGCGCGUCAGCCGCCAAGGUCCUGAACACAGUGGACUCUCAGACCAUGGCGCUCACCCUCGGCUACUUUGUCCAGCUGCAAGCAGAACCCGUGGUGAAGAACCCUCCUAACAACCUUUGGAUAAUUGCUGCAGUGUUGGCCCCCAUCGCCGUAGUGACACUCAUAAUCAUCAUCAUCACGGCCGUGCUGUGCAGGAAGAAUAAAAAUGACUUAAAAGCUGAUGCCAUCGGCAACCUCAAUCCCCGAGCUAAGAUGGCGUAUCGGAGAGAUGUGGGCUAUUAUCACCAGCCAGUCCAGGGUUUUGACUAUGCCAAGCAGCACCUGGGCCAACAGGGAGGAGAUGAGGAGACCCUCCCUGUCAGUCAAGACACCUUAGUGAUGUCCCUGCAAAUUCGAGACACGCCACUUUCUCUAGAAAAAGCCCUGCAACAAGACGGAACUGCCAACAAGAAAAGCCUCAGCUCUGACAAACACAGAAGCAAGUUGCCGAGUGAGGACGGUUCCGUCAUCAGCAACGAAUCAGAGAAGCUGAAUUCCAGCAGGAGCUUGACAGCGCCGAAAGUCACAGCGCAGCAGAAACUGACAAAGGAGGAGACGCGCAAGAGGGACGAUCCAUAUGACUCCUCCUCUGGCUCCCUGCAGCUCAUUUCCAUAAAGCCCGUGGUGGCUCAGCCCAGCUACUCACACCCUGCAUCAUCUGACCGCAGCCAGGACUCAGCCAUUGUUAAUGGAGAGGUAAACUUGGCUCUGAAGCAGAAGUCAGACAUUGAGCACUACAGGAACAAGCUGAGGCUGAAGGCCAAGAGGAAGGGCUAUUACGACUUCCCCUCCACCGACGGCAGCAGCAGCAGUCGAGCCCUGGCGCAGACACAGCGGCACGGCCAUGAGAGGGCAGCCGGUGAGCAUGGCAGACCACUGGAGCCUGAUGAUGAGCGAGGUUCCACUUAUGUCAAGUCUCACAGGAGGCACUCCCAGGUAGGGCAGACGGCCUAUCGCAGCAGACAAAGUCUGAGCAGUCCCAGUCCUGGAGGGACAGAGAUGGACCUGCUCGUAAUGAGGGAGAGACCCAGGAGAGGCAUCCGCAACAGCGGCUAUGACACUGAGCCGGAGCUGAUUGAGGAGACAAAUGUUGACCGUCUCAUGGGGCCGCAGGGAUACAUGUAUGGCCGGGGCCUGAAAGGCCACUCGGAGACCUCCACCCUGAGCUCACAGCCAUCUAUUGAUGAAGUGCGGCAGCAGAUGCACCUGCUGCUGGAGGAGGCAUUCAGCCUGGCGUCAGGGGGACAGUCCACGUCCGGAAGGCAGUCCCACCACCACCACCACCACCACCAACCCCCUCCUGACCACUACAACCCGGCACCGCCUCCCCUCCCUUAUGCAGAUGUGGUGACCAGUGCUCCGGGCACGAUGAACUGUGGGCGGGGGGGCCUGCAGUGGGUACCAUCUUAUGGUGCAGACAUGUAUCAGUGCAGCCUGCCUAAACCAGCCUUCCGCUUCACCCAGCUUCCUGAGAUGGCCAUGGGUUCUCCUCCCCCUUUACCACCUCGCACUGGACCUCCCCCUGGGACCCCCUUAAGACGCUCCACUUCUGACUUGGGGCCUAAGGGAAGGAGCUCACAGACAUCGGCCACGGAAAGGCAGAGUCAACAUGACAACCCAUAUGGGCUAACAACGAGAGCAGCACUUCCAUCUAUCACUGCAGAGCAGCCUCUGUCCAACUACUCAGGAAACCCAAUAACAGCUGUCUACGCCAUCCCAGCCUCCAGGUCCGGCUACUCGGAAUACUUUCUCUCAACACCACCCACCUCCUACCAUAGUCCCUCUUGGAUGUCCUAUCCACCUGAGCCUGAGGAUGUGCCGCCUCAGUGGGCAGAAUCUGUGCCCCUGCCUGGUUAUGUGGAGGCUUUUCCUCAUCCUCGCUACCCACAGGGGAGCCCCACCAGGCUUCCCCUGGAGUAUAACCCGGCACUGGAGCAGCCUCCCGUUGCCCCAAGCACAGCAUCCCAGCAAAGCCUGCCCCAGGUGGUGAAGGACAUGGACAGCAUGCCCCUGAGCAGCCUCUCCACCUCGGCACUCGUACAGGCUAUACGACAGGAGGUGGCCAAGCUGGCGAAGAAACAAAACGAAAUGUUUGAGUUUUAGUUCCGGCCCCUUGUGAGCAGGGGCUGGUUAACCGUGUCUUCAGCAGAGGUACACAGAGGCGUUACUCAUCAGACUGAUUUUUGAUGUUUGUACUGUAAAACUGAACUGAACUUCUUUACCAACUAAUCACCCACUGAUUUGUUUCUUAUCACAAUCUAACUGACUUCAAGGAAUGAAAGUUUUUUUUUAAAGAAAAUCCUCUAUCGAUGAUGUCCCAAAUAACUAUACAUUCAUCUCUUUUUUGCAGUUAUGCCGAUAGGAUACGCUAGAUGUGGACAAUACAUUUUUUUUCGCCAGGAUCAGACAUUUCUUUGUGUGAAUCAGCAUCAACUGAGAAGAGAGGAAACAGUAGCAUCACUGUCUGUACUGAGAGGACCAAAUACUUCCUGUCAGAUGUUACGUAUAAACCACAGUGUAUAUAAAGUAUAAGGACAUCAAGUAUCUUAUCUCUUUUUAUAGACCAUUAACUUAACUAGAUGGACUACGUGAAUAUCAGUUCAGACCAAAUCAAACUACCACAUGACAUCAGUUUACUUUCAUAUCACAUAUCAACACCAUAACAUUAACAAACACUGACUGUCUUUAAUGAUCUAAUAUUUUUUUUAAUUAAUGUAAUUGAUUUACUGUAGCUCCUGUUAAUUAAUAAAUGGACUCAGUUUCGGUAUAUUUUUAUGUCCCGUUUUAGUUUUCAAUUGAACAUGGAAUCUUAAACUGCAUCUACGAUGAUGUGACAUACAGUAUAGCUUAACGUCUUUGCCUUUAUGUUAUCUGAAACAGAUUGAAACUUUUAUCCUUGCAAUAUUGUUUGGGUGUGCACAAGGUACAUUGACUUGGGUGACAUUUUUUUGAGUAAUGGCCGGUUAAUAUAGCAUACUAUUGUUAAAAUACUCAAAGACAUGAAUGUUGUCUUAACUGUAUUUUUGUCUUUUCUUUAAGAAAACAAAAUGUCUUUGGCUUUAGCUGGAUGGACACGAAAAAGUAGCAGUUUCAUAUUACAUACCAUUACAUUCAUUUAGCAGACGCUUUUGUCCAAAGCGACUUACAAUAAGUGCAUUCAACCAUGAAGAUGUUGAGCGCAGUGGUUUGAGGAUGCACACGUUUUUAAAUACAAGUUCAACCCCAACAUCUUUGUCAAAAAUAUGACUCUCUCUGCUGCUGGUAAUGAAGCCACGGUUUCUUACGAAGGUGGAUCCAUUGUUUGUUUACUGCGCCUCAAGGCCUCUUAAUGGUCUCAAUGAGUGCACUUCUCAAAUCAAACAACGAGUUCAUGUGGGUCUUUGAGCAAAUGAGAGGCCUGGUCCCGAGUUGGUACUGCUGAACUUCAAGGGAGUAAACAUUUUGAAUGUCUGCCUGAGCACUGACUCAAACUGACUGCAUCAGAAGCACUGUGUUCAGUAAAAACACAAGUGUCUUCCUGAUUGUGAGGUGCAAAGUGCAUGUAUGCUGAGCCAUAGACACUGUCAACUUCCUCAAUAGGCUUAAAAAUGUCUUCUUAACCUUACUGAUCAUUUUAAAUUGCACCAUUUAUUUUUUACAUUUUACUGCCCUGAAAGAAGUCAGUUCUUCCAGCUACUGGAGUAAAGGAGAAUCUGGCUUGUCAGAGUCAUUCAAGCAGCAGGAAGGUGGGAGGUUGAACAUGCUGUCAUUAAUACUUUAAAUACAUUUUUGCACUUAAUGGACACGUCAACCAAAUUAGUUUUUUGUAACUCAGACUAAGGCCACUACAGAAGGGCAGUGCACAACACAGGACAAUGAACUCUUGAUUAAGAAUUCCGAUAAAACAAAAGUCAUCCAGUCAUUGCACAAAUGAAAUUAAUUCAUUCAUCUUUCUAGGAGACUCAUACUUAUUUUCACUGUGGAAAAAAAAGCCUUCAAUAGGUGAUGAUGAGCUCUUAAUGCAGAAUUGUUGCUUUGGGAAAGGAGUUGACUGCAGAUGAGUGCAUGUGGGCCUAUAGAAGGGGUGCUGCAAUAAACAGUCAGGUGCUGUAGAUUGCCUACUUUUACUAUAUUAUUGCAAAUCAAAUGGAAUGCUUUGCUAAUAAUUAUAAUCAAUUCUGUCAUUGGACAGUUGUCAUUUGUGACAUACAGUGGGAAAGACUACUGUGAGUGAAAAUGCCUUUAAGUCCUUAUUUUCUUUCUUAGAACAUUACUGCUAUUGCAGCAGUUCAGGAUCACUUUUUUUCCAUCAUGACUUUUGAACAAAAGUCAAGAUGUCCUCUUUUCCGAGCAUUGUUCCAUCAUACUCAUGCCUGUUGGUAUGUAGGUACUGUAGGUAGAAGGAAAAGCUGUUUGUCUUAAAGUCAACAGGAACUUUGGCAUUGCUUGUUUUCCCAAGAUUCCUUUUACUCAUCAUUCAGAGGCGCACUUAAUGUCUUAAGACCUGUACUCAAUACAGUGAAAGAGUUUUUGUGUAUACCAGAAGUGAACACCUUUCCACAUUCUCAUGCUGGAUAACUGAGGAAACGGAGUGAAAAAUAAAAGAAAGGGUUUUAGGUGAUUUACUGGUUUAUUUAUUCUAUAAGAUGAAAUACGAAGUGAGCUAAACCUAUUAAACAUCAGUGUCUUUUUGUCUUCCUGACUGGUUUCCUCAUUUUCUUUUUCCAUCUGCUUGAAAAUUGUUAUAUUUGAUGUUGUUCGGAGAUUGAUCUGACAGAGAGACCUUGAGACAGAUGAGGAAUGAAAGAAAUAUUAGCCUAUUCAUGAUUGAAAUUAAAUAAAAGAAUUUAUUA